GGUGCUUCCAAUUGGAUAGCGCGGGGGAACCCGGUAAUUGGGGCAUGCCGGGAAUUGUAGUCCCUUUAGGAAAGUAGCGUCUUGUACAGGCUUGGCUCUGUACCUUGGGAGGAGAUGAAUGGGAAGCGGCCAGCGGAGCCCGGCCCAGCCCGGGUGGGAAAAAAGGGAAAGAAGGAGGUGAUGGCGGAGUUUUCGGACGCUGUCACGGAGGAAACCUUGAAAAAGCAGGUGGCUGAGGCCUGGAGCCACAGGACGCCUUUCAGUCACGAAGCCAUUGUCAUGGACAUGGACCCUUUUCUUCACUGCAUGAUCCCAAACUUCAUCCAAAGCCAAGACUUCUUGGAAGGGCUUCAGAAGGAACUUAUGAACUUGGAUUUCCAUGAGAAGUAUAAUGAUUUAUAUAAGUUCCAGCAGUCUGAUGAUUUGAGGAAGAGAAGAGAGCCUCACAUCUCUGCUUUAAGGAAAAUUCUGUUUGAAGAUUUCCGGUCCUGGCUUUCUGAUAUUUCUAAAAUUGACCUGGAACCAACCAUUGACAUGUCCUGUGCUAAAUAUGAAUUCACUGAUGCUCUGCUGUGCCAUGAUGAUGAGCUGGAAGGGCGCCGGAUCGCCUUCAUCCUAUACCUGGUUCCUCCCUGGGACAGGAGCCUGGGGGGUACCCUGGACCUGUACAGCAUUGAUGAACACUUUCAGCCGAAGCAGAUUGUCAAGUCUCUUAUCCCUUCGUGGAACAAACUGGUUUUCUUUGAAGUAUCUCCAGUGUCCUUUCACCAGGUGUCUGAAGUCCUGUCUGAAGAAAAGUCACGUUUGUCUAUAAGUGGCUGGUUUCAUGGUCCAUCGUUGACUAGGCCUCCCAACUACUUUGAACCCCUCAUACCUAGGAGCCCUCACAUCCCACAAGAUCAUGAGAUUUUGUAUGAUUGGAUCAACCCUACUUAUCUGGACAUGGAUUAUCAAGUUCAAAUUCAAGAAGAGUUUGAAGAAAGUUCUGAAAUUCUCCUGAAGGAGUUUCUUAAGCCUGAGAAAUUUGCGGAAGUCUGUGAGGCCUUGGAGCAUGGAGAUGUGGAAUGGAGCAGCCGAGGUCCCCCUAACAAAAGGUUUUAUGAGAAAGCUGAGGAGAGUAAGCUUCCUGAUGUAUUGAAGGAGUGCAUGAAGUUAUUUCGCUCUGAGGCCCUAUUCUUACUGCUCUCCAACUUCACUGGCCUGAAGCUUCAUUGCUUGGCCCCUUCUGAAGAAGAUGAGAUGAAGGACAAAAAAGAGGAAGAAGCUGCCUCUGCUGCUGAUAGCACUGAAGAAGGGACUAGCCAUAGCCCUCCUGAGCCAGAGAAUAAUCAGACAGCCAUCAGUAACAACAGCCAACAGAGCAAUGACCAGACAGACCCAGAGCCAGAGGAAAAUGAAACAAAGAAAGAAUCAAGUGUUCCCACAUGCCAGGGGGAACUGAGGCACUGGAAGACUGGUCACUACACUUUAAUUCAUGACCAUUGCAAGGCUGAAUUUGCCCUAGACUUAAUUCUCUACUGUGGGUGUGAAGGCUGGGAGCCCGAAUAUGGCGGUUUUACUUCUUACAUUGCCAAAGGUGAAGAUGAAGAGCUGCUAACAGUGAAUCCAGAAAACAAUUCUUUGGCAUUGGUCUACAGAGAUAGAGAGACUCUGAAAUUUGUCAAGCAUAUUAACCAUCGAAGCCUGGAACAAAAGAAAACCUUCCCAAACAGAACAGGUUUCUGGGACUUUUCAUUCAUCUAUUAUGAAUGACAGCACUGGGCAAAGCUAAACAAAAAUGUGACCCUUCAUCAGUACUGGGAAGUCUGGAAGAGCUAAGCAUGGAGUGAAGGAGAGCUACAUGGUAGCUUGCCUGACAAUGUUCUUAAAACUGGUUGUUCUUUACUAGGACUCAAAAUGAUUGUCCUCAACCUAGACCUUGAGCUUAGAGCUACAAACUUAUCUCUUGAUUAAAAAAAAAAAAAAGUUGGCUUUUUUUUAAUGCUGAAUCCUGACUUCAAUGAAUUUUUAACUUCAAUGUUCUUUUUUUUAUUGUGGUAAAAUAUUUAUAACCUAAAAUUGACCAGCUUACCCAUUUUCAAAUAUGUAAUUUCAGUGGAUUAAAUACAAUCUCAUUGUUGUUCAGCCAUCGCCAUGAUCCAUUUCCAGAACUUUUCCAUCUUCCCAAACUCUGUGCCCACUGAACAAUAACUCCACACCCCCGCCUUCCCCUAGCAACAGCCAUUCUACUUUUUGUCUCUGUCAUCAACCUGACUACUCGUAUUUCUCAUAUCAGUGGAACCAUACAGUAUUUGUCCUUUUGUGACUUUAUUUCACUUAACAUAAGGUCUUUAAGAUUCAUUCCUGUUUCCAGUGUUUUGGUUUUUUUAAAACUCAUAAGUGAUAGCAGAUUUUGUUCUUCUCAAUCAUGCUGGUUUAGAAAAUUACAGAGCCUUACAUCCUGAUCAUGCUGGGCCUUCGAAUUCUGACACAGUGAGUCAUCACAUUUUCUCCCACUGCCUGUGGCCUUGUUCCACCAUGACACUCACAGGACAGUGUAGGCUUAGAUGAUGUGUAGUAUUACUCCCUUGGAAAGGGUCUGGGCUACAACCACAUGCCCCAAGAAACUUCUGGUUGGUAAAGAAGAUAGGCUGCUUAUUGCCAUGUGUGGUCACUUCCAAGUGCCCACUGCCUUUCCAUCCUGGAGUCGUGGCCUGUAUAUAAGUAAAUGAUUCUAGCCUCACAUGUUGCUUCUGUUUUCUAAAUACUGUAGGGUCAACUAUGUAACUAAUUGCUUUUUGUUUUAAGAGACUGAAUGCUAAAAAGCCAUAUCAGAAUGCCAAGAGGGUGUGCGUCUUGUUAAUUUUUUUCUUGAAAUGUUCCAGGGAGUUAUAACUACCUGUGUGGGUAUGCCUGGGUGGAUGAAAGAUACUGUUCUCAUUCCAUCCCAAUACAGUCUCCUGUUUCCUCUUUUUCUACAUUUAUUUUUAGCUUUUGCAGUAGCUUCUACUCUGGGUUUUACUAAUUAAUAGAAAAAGCAUUGGGCCUUUAAACUUCUUAACCAUUCUUCUCUUUCAUCUCCUAAAACUUUGGGUAUUCAUUCUUUUCUGAAGUUUGCAUUUAAGUGAAAAUGAGUUUUGCUUUGUCGUUUAGGUUUACUUUCAAAAAGGUUUAAUUAUGCACCCCAGCCAGUUAAGAAAUGUUUUAGCAGGUAUGCCCUUGAUAGGGAUAUUUAUAUACUUUACGCAUGUAAUAUUAGUUCUAUAAUUGUACCGUUAUAAAACACUAAUUUUUAAAUGAGAGAAAAAGAAAUGUCCAGAACUAGUUCUUACAUUGUCUUCCUCUCUGCAUAUUGUAAUAAACCAUUUUACACGAUACGA